AUGCCCCUCCCUUCCCGCCAGACAACUCCAGCAGAACGCACCGUCGAUCCACGACUCGCUCGUCGAGCCGCCUCCGAGCGCAUCAAGAGCGAGAGCGCGAGGAGCACGCCGGCUUUGGGUAGUCCAGGGGUAGGGCCGGUGCGAGGAGGGUCAGCCGCGAGUGCUUCGAGCAGUGCGAGGGCUGCAGCGGAGCCGUAUCAGCGCCCUGCUGUCUACGCACCAGAUCCGCAGCUCGUCAACAUUCGCUACGACCGACAGAUCUUCUGCGGCUCAUGUGUCCAGAUGCUCGACCGGAACCGCUUCUCCGAUUCGCAGCUCAAGAAGGCGGCGAACAAGUUCGACACGAUGAGGCGAGAAGGAUCGCUCAAGCUCAUCAAGCCGAACGACUGGCCAAAGUGCGAGCGCUGCGUACCGAAGCAACGGCAAAUCAUCCGCUGCGUCGACUGCCGGCUCGAGAAAGACCGGAAGGAGUUCUCAGAUGCGAUGCGCGCGAAGGACCGGGCGGCGGUGUGCAAGAAGUGUCAGGCAGCGGCGGUUGACAAGGAGGACUUGAAGAGGCGCGAGCAUCGAAGCAGAUCCUUGGGCCUCUGUCGACCCAGGCGGUGGCAACUCCUCCGACUCGGACCUCGAAACCGACCCCGUCCCGCCCGCACAUUUUGA